AUGUUUCAAACAAAAGUUCCAAAUGAAUUAAUAUUUUACAUAGUUUCAUAUCUUUACGAUAUUGAAAAAUCAUUAUUCAAGUAUAUUUUAAUUUCUCGAGAUUGGGCCAGGAUCAUUAUUCCAUUUUUAUGGGAAAAUUCUUUUUGUCAUGAAAAUUUUAAGAUCGAUUCAUUGAGACAAAUUAAUUUCAAAAUUAAUUCAUUUAGACGAAUCAUAUAUUGUAAUUUAUCAUCUGAUGAACGAAAUCUUUAUCAAGAAUUUUUUUUAGAAAAAUAUGAUGCAAUACCAUUAUUCAAUUAUUUUUCUUUUGUAAAAAAGAUUAAUACUCUUCAAAUUAAAAAUAUUUUCGUUGAUUAUAAAAAUAUUCAGUUUAAUCUUACCGGCAUUACAAAAACAGUAGUUAAUUUAUUGUUAAAGAGAUCUAAUUUAAUCGAAUUUAUUCAUAUACAUAAUAAAUUUGAUUUUUUUGAAAUGGUUAACGAAUAUAUGAAAGAUCACAAGAUUUCUCUGAGUUUAUAUAACCAAUUUUUAAAAUUAGAUAUGUUGGAAAAUUUAGAUAAUUUAACAAGUCUUUCGUUAUCAUCUAGUUAUUUACCUAAAUAUUUUGAUUCUUUAUUUGAUAGAAUUUCAAUUACAAACAUGAAAAGUCUUGUAUUGAAAAGUGUUAAUAAUAGAAAUUUAAUUGAAAACAUUAUCAAAUUACAAAAUCUCAAAUCUCUUUCAUUGAUAAAUUCAAUUCAUGAUUUUGGUGAUUUUUUAUUGAUCAAAGAAAAAAUGAAAAAUCUAAGAUAUCUAAAAAUAAUUUCAUUCAAGAUUAAUCCAGAUACCGAAGGAGAAUAUUUAAUUAACGAAUUUGUUAAACAUGAAAAUUUAAAAAUAUUAAAAGCAAGAUUUGGUAAUUCAAAUAUUCAAAAAAUUACUAUAUAUUAA